GGCCGUCCCAUAGGCCCCCGCGCCGCCGGGGUCCUAGCAGGCAGCACCGCCUUCCGCCGCAUGUGCCUGCAGCGCGAUGCCCAAAUCCAAGCGCGACAAGAAAGUUUCCUUAACCAGAACUGCCAAGAAAGGCUUAGAACUGAAACAGAACCUGAUAGAAGAGCUUCGGAAAUGUGUGGAUACGUACAAGUACCUUUUCAUCUUCUCUGUGGCCAACAUGAGGAACAGCAAGCUGAAGGACAUACGGAACGCCUGGAAGCACAGCCGGAUGUUCUUUGGCAAAAACAAGGUGAUGAUGGUGGCCUUGGGUCGAAGCCCAGCUGAUGAGUACAAAGACAACCUGCAUCAGGUCAGCAAGAAGUUGAGGGGUGAGGUCGGUCUCCUUUUCACCAACCGCACCAAGGAGGAAGUGAAUGAGUGGUUUACGAAAUACACGGAAAUGGACUUCGCUCGAGCCGGAAACAAAGCAACUUUCACUGUGACCCUGGACCCCGGGCCCCUGGAGCAGUUCCCCCACUCCAUGGAGCCACAGCUGAGGCAGCUGGGCCUGCCCACUGCCCUCAAGAGAGGUGUGGUGACCCUGCUGUCCGACCACGAGGUGUGUAAGGAGGGCGACGUGCUGAGCCCAGAGCAGGCCCGCGUGCUGAAGCUUUUCGGGUAUGAGAUGGCUGAAUUCAAGGUCACCAUCAAAUACAUGUGGGAUGCACAGUCUGGAAGGUUCCAGCAGAUGGGAGAUGACUUGCCCGAGAGCGCAUCCGAGUCAGCAGAAGAAUCAGAGGGGGAAGAUGACGGCUGAGAGAUACUGGGGACGGACUGUGGGACCACCACCCCGCUCGCUGAACAGCAGGGAGGGCGAGAGGGAUGGACUGCUUUUCUAUAAGGAAUAAAACUGUCUGCAAAGUGGCUCCUGUGGACAGCAAAGAGGACUUUUCCUAGAAAAAAGGCCUUGGUUUUGGACUUUUAUUUGGAUUCUCUGGGUUCCUUUUGUUUGCCUGGAGCCAGCUUCCAGCACUGGCUCCCGCAUGAUGUCUGGGGACGUGAGAGCCACCCCCAGAGCCGGGGCUUCUCUCCUCUGGCCCUUUUGUGCCUCCUGGAAAUGGGGGUUUGCCAAGGAAUAAAGGAAGCCUGGCCACCCUUCCUA